AUGGCCACAGAACAACAGCUUCAAGUCGUCGCGGAGCUCGAGAUGGAAAUGAUGUCUGAUAUGUAUCGUCGGAUGACUAAUGCAUGCCAAGACAAAUGCAUCGCCAAAACUUUCAGAGAAGGAGAAUUAACUAAGGGAGAAGCUGUAUGUUUGGAUAGGUGUGUUGCCAAGUACUUAGAUGUUCAUGAGAAGCUUGGAAAACGGUUAACGAACAUGUCUCAAAGCGAUGAAGCUGCUCUUCAAAAAAUAAAUCAAAGUUAA